AUGAAUGCACAAAGAAAUAAUGUUGAAGGAACAUCUGGACCUACUAGUAAAGGUCUAGAUCAAUUUCUUGAAUUUCCAAACUCAACAUUUUUUGUUCCAGAAGAUACAGCUGUGAAUAUAAAACCAGAAAAGGCCAUCAGAACAACAGAUCCUAAUGCAUUUUAUGCAUAUCAAAAGAAAGAAAAUGAAUUAGUUAAGAAAGCAAAAAACAAUGGUACCUUUUGGAUUCGAAUCUUGGUUGCAUAUCCAGCAAAAAUUCAACAAAAAAGCUACUGGAGAAGUAUUGAUAAUAGGUGUACAGGCACCCAUGUUUCAGAAUUAAUGAUCAUAAUUGAUAAUGAAGCAAAACAUUUUUUCAAGCAAGAAGAAUUGAACAUCUUGAAUGCUUUAAAGAAACAUAAAGCUGAAUAUAUCACAUUUAGAGAAAAUGGUUUACCGGUCACGAAAGACACCAAUCCCUCCAAUAAUUCAUCACAAAAUUCUAUAAAAUCCACAGAAAAACCAAUAGGAAGGAGGGUUUCAGGUAAGCCAUGGAAAUAUCAAAAGACAGCAACACGAAGAUCACAACUUCCAAAAGUUUUACGUAAAAGUUGGACAGAGCGAAUGAAGGAGAAAAAUGAACGAAUAGCUGUAAAAUUACUGGAAAAUGAAUUAAAAGAUAAAGUUGAAUCAGAGAAAAAACGAAAACAAGAAGCAAGAUUAAAAAGGAAACAAGCAUUGGAAGAAAAAGAGAGAUUGGAGAGAUUGGCUACAAUGUAUUCAGUAAAAAAGUUGCAAAGACUUAAAAAAAGAAAAGGAUUAAGGAAAUAA